CAGCGCGGCAGGACGGCGAGAGACAGCAGCAGCUGCACAGCGUGGGAGAUGGUUCUUGGAGGGGACCUGACAUAGGACAUGGAUCGCCGCGUGGUGCUUUUCCUCUGCCUGGUUCUCGUGACUUCUCAGAGUGGAGCAGCAGAGGCAUUCCAAGAAUCCCUGAGAUGGAUGAAAAGAAUGGAGACGGCGACCAUAGAACAAGAACCGAUUUCUUUUGUCGAGCUCAUCCGUGGUCUGGAGAGGAGGCUGCUGGAGGCCAGAUUCGAGGGUCACAACCUCACCUUGCAGACGUCCAUCAUUCAGACGCUGGCCUUCAAGUUGGGCUGUGACUUUGCUGGCCUCUCACUGAACAGUGCCACUCUGGAGCCGGUCUCCCAGGCACAGGCCCAGCAUGCCAUGCAGUUUCCAGCUGAGCUGACCCGGGAGGCCUGUAGGACCCGCCCCCGGGAGCUGCGUCUUAUCUGCAUCUACUUCUUCACUGCCCACUUUUUCCAGAAUGACAUCAACGCGUCUCUGCUCAAUGACUAUGUCCUGGGGGCACAGCUGGGCCAUGAACACGUGAACAACCUCAGCGAGCCGAUCAACAUCAGUUUCUGGCACAACCAAAGCCUGGAAGGCUACACGGUGAACUGUGUCUUCUGGAAGGAGGGAGCCAGCAAGCAACACUGGGGGGUCUGGAGCCCUGAGGGCUGUCGCACAGAGCAGCCCUCGCCUACCCAGGUGCUCUGCCGCUGCAACCACCUUAGCUACUUUGCCGUUCUUAUGCAACUGUCCCCAGUCCCUGUCCCUGCAGGGCUGCUGGCGCCUCUCACCUACAUCUCCCUGGUGGGCUGCAGCAUCUCCGUCAUGGCCUCCCUGCUCACCAUCCUGCUGCACUGUCACGCCAGGAAGAAAAAUGACUCCAUAACACACAUCCACAUGAACUUGCAUGCCUCUGUGCUGCUCCUGAAUGUCACCUUCCUGUUGAGCUCUGCACUGGCCAUGCCCUCCGUGCCCGGGUCAGCAUGCAUGGUGCUGGCCGCCGUCCUGCACUAUGCACUGCUCAGCUGCCUCACCUGGAUGGCCAUCGAAGGCUUCAACCUCUACCUUCUCCUUGUGCGUGUCUACAAUAUCUACAUUCGUAGAUAUGUGUUCAAGCUCUGCGCAGUUGGCUGGGGGGUCCCAGCCUUCUUGGUGCUGCUCCUCCUUGCUGUCAAGAGCUCAGCUUACGGCCGUCACGUGAUCCCACUCUCCGACAGCCAGAGAAAUGGCACGGGCCUCCAGAACGUGUCCAUAUGCUGGGUGCGGAGCCCUGAGGUGCACAGCAUCCUGGUCAUGGGCUAUGGUGGCCUCACCUCCCUUUUCAACCUGGUGGUGCUGGCCUGGGCGCUGCGGGCCUUACACAAACUGAAGGCCCGGAAGAAGGUGCCAGGCACCCGCGCCUGCCGGGACACUGUCACCGUGCUGGGCCUCACCGUGCUGCUGGGCACCUCCUGGGCCUUGGCCUUCUUCUCCUUUGGCGUCUUCCUGCUGCCCCAGCUCUUCCUCUUCACCAUCUUCAACUCGCUCUACGGUUUCUUCCUCUUCCUGUGGUUCUGCUUCCAGAAGUGCCGCUCGGAGGCAGAGGUGGAGGCGGAGAUGGAGGCAUUCAGCUCCUCCCAGACGCAGUAGUCGGCUUCCUGGCCCAGAGCGCCUAGCUCCUCUGGCUGCCUGCAGCCAAGGCCCUGGCUUCCACUAGAGAAGGUAGACAUCGGAGGCCACUGUGCCCUCCAGGGAAGCUUUGCACUUCCGUGGGUUGUCUGGGCCCAGAGGGCAAGGUUUUGCUCGUCCUCGCCUGGCAUUCUGCUCUGGGGUUGGUCUGACCCCACCAGGGGACAGCAAGCUUCACCCCGGUGUCUGGGCCUAGCUGGCCAGCCAGGCCUAUGGGCAGAGCACUGGCCUAGGAGUCAGGAGGCCAUGUUUCAAGGUCUGGCUCUGAGUCCUACUGUAUGACUUUUGACCUAUCAGUUUUCAGUGACCCUGGCUUUCCUCAUCUGUGACAUAGGGCAGAUGGCUUUGGUCCUGCCUAGCCCAAGAGCUUUGUGAAGCCAAAUAAGACCAGGGAGGAGAGUCACAGUGGGACCCAUUAACUCUACCUGCCUGCUGGGGGUGGGGUUCCCGCCAGCCUGCUGGGCCCUGCCACCUUCCUCUGGGCCACACCCUGGCCCAGCGCCCAGUGCUUAGAGACCCGCCCAGUGUCUGAGACCUUACCAGCCUAUGCCCAAAUCUUCCCCGCAAUCCAAUUUAUGAUGACCCCCAACUCUAAGGCCACUUUUCUCAAAGGUCCGAAAGUCCAGUCCUUCCCAGAGGCUCCUCUUCCCUCCAGUGCUCCCAAGACGCCGUAGGUCACUUCGACGGGUGGCCUGGGCCAUGGGGCUUCUGGGGGUGGGAGGGGAUCACCUCUUUCCUCACCACCUGAGCCAGUUGAGCCUCAGUGACCUGGCCACUUGAUGACUGUGCAGAAGUGAAUUUCCCUUGGUUGGCAUGAGAGUGUGAGUUCUAAACGCAGAGAAUCACCGCGGGCCUUGACCUGUCUGUCAGACUUAGUGGAAGACUCGCGAAGCCAGAGCCUUUCCCAGGCUGCACACCAGGGGGCGCUGCUGGCCUGUGCUCAGAGGCUAUCGGCUCCAAAAACAAAAAUAAACAAAAAACGGUGUCUGGAAAUGCUGCUAUCCCUUGCCUGUGGACAUGACACACCAGAUGGAGAGGCCCUGCCUCCAGGGCUGCACCUGCUGAGUGACUGGCAAGAGGAAUGCCAGAACUGUUUAUAUGGCCAUUUCUCUCUUUUCUAAACACGGCUGCCUCCUCCGGCUCUUGGGAUCUGGUGCUCUGGGCAUACCUGGCACUGGAGCAGUGGGCUGGAGCAGGCUCUCAGGGCCCCUUUCCAGACAGAUGUUAAUGACUUUGAACGGCACAGGGAGGGAGUUGGAGGUGGAUCCCUUUUGUUAUGCCCUCUGUUCAUUUCUUCGUGCAAAGAGGUCUUCGCUAGGCGAUGAGUCGUACAGAACUGCCGAGGCUCAAAUGCCAGCUCUGCCGUUGCCAGCUGUAUGUGGACAGUCCACUCCACCUCUCUGUGCCCUAGUUUUCCCACCGGUAAAUAGGGGCAAUAGUAGUACUUAUUUCGAAGGUUAAAUAAAACAAUCCAUGUAAAGAGGCUUAGC